UUCAAUUAAUGUUAAUUUUUCAAAUUAUACACAAUCAAAUGUGGACAUAUGAAAAUAAAUCAAGCUGGCUACAAUAUCCAAUGUGCUCCUCCGGGUCACGUCAAUCACCAAUCAAUAUUGAAACAAAUAAUUUAAAAGUAAAUGUGUCCUUGGCUAUUGAAUUUAUUGGCUAUAAACAACCAGUGUCAAAUUUAAAAUUAAUAAACAAUGGCAUUACAGCAACUUUACUGACUGACAUAUAUGGUGAUAGACUGGCCAUUGGGGGCAGUGCUCUGGGAAACGAUAUCUACAAUUUAGGUGAAAUACAUCUACAUUGGGGUCCAAUCAAUAGUAUCGGAAGCGAACACUCACUUAAUAAUCACUAUUCGUCGGCUGAAGUACAUUUUGUUCACUACAAUAGACGGUACGGUAUUAUAGGUGAUGCUCAAUCAAAAUUAGACGGUAUUGUCAUAGUUGCGGCACCUGUACGUUUGUCUAUACAACCAAAUAUUGAGUUUAAUACUAUUGUCGAAAGUCGACCUAUGAUUACACCGUUUGGCGCAACUGUCGGUAUAAGCAAACCUAUUAUAUUAGACAGACUAUUGCCGAAAAAUAGGAAAAUAUUUUUUCUAUAUAACGGUUCCCAAACCGAACCGCCCUGUAAUGAAAAUGUUAGAUGGAUUAUAUUGUACGAUAAAAUAGACAUGACCAAUUAUCAAAUAAAUCAAUUUCGCAAUUUGUUUGGCAAACCUGUAAAUGGAUCUACAAAAAGCCGUAUACUUUUCAAUAGACGUGAAAAACAGUCACUAAACAAUCGAACGGUUUGGGUAUCAAUUGCUGAUACUGAAGGGUUAGGCAUUACUUUUGGGAGACGACAGUAA